AUGAAGGGUUCACCUUUAAGGGGAAGAUCAACUCCUAGAAAAAAGUUGAAUCAGCAACAGCAACAGCAACAAGAUGAUAAUGGAAACAAUGAUGAAGAAGAUACAUAUAACCAUCCAAAUUUAGGGCCUCCUUGGGAUUUAAAAGAAAUUACAGAUUUUUUUCACAUUGCAAAAAAAGGUGAGGUAGAUUGGAAAACAGCUUUAAAAAAAUUCCCAAAUAGAACAGAGGAGAUGUUAAAACAAAUAUACAAUAUUAGCAAACCAAUUUCAAGUUACAGUGCACCUGAAUUUUUAUUAUUUUUCAUUCAAGGUGUUUAUAAACAGAGAGUGUUUUCACAAAUCGAACAGCCACAACCACUACAGCAAUCUCUACAAUCACAACCAACUACCAAACUACCACCACAUCAUUCUCAAUUACAACAAUUACAACUAUUAAAACAACAAAAAGAAGCAUUAAGAGAACAAAAAGAAGCAUUAAGAGAACAACAGCAACAAUCACCAACAAAAACAUCUUCAAGAGGCAGAACUAUUUAUGACAAUAAUACAUUUAAUAUAAGUAAUAAUAAUAGUAAUAAUAGUAACAAUACAAACAAUACAAACAAUAAUAGCAAUAAUAAUAGCUCUUAUUCAAUUGAUAAUUUAGGUCAAAAUAAUAAUUUUAGACCCAAAGCAAGAAGACUUUUCCCACCAUCAGAAACAACCACAACCACAACAACAGCAACAAUAACAACACCACAGUUUGAUUCCCCAAGUAAAAGAAAAAUAAAUAGUAAAGAAUCUUCACCAGUAAGGGAUGGAUCACCAUCAUUACCAGCAAAAUUAAGAAAUAAAAUUAAAAACCAAAAACAUAUGUUAGAAAACUUCCAAAUGUCACCAAAUAGUGUAUUGAAUAAUAAUAACAGAAUAGAUCAACCAGAGGAUGAGGACAAUGAUGACCACAAACAUCUAUUAGAAUUUCAAAGAUCCUCUUCGAAUACACCACAGCGUCCAUUUACAUCACAGCAACAACAUUUUCAACAUAGUAUAUUACAGUCACCAGUAUCAGAUAAUUUUCAAAUCGAAGAUAAUAAUGCACUAAUUCCAUCAAAAGAAAAUCAAAAUAUUAUUCAAAAACGCCUUGUAAAUUUUUUAUCAAAACAAAAACAACCAAACCCCAAAUCAAUAAUAUCAUUAAGUAAUAAUAUCAGCAGUAAUAAUGAUCAAUUAAAACUAUCAAAGCCAGGUCGUUGGGCAACUUAUGAAUGGUUUUAUAGCGAUUUGGAUACACCAUUUUUUUUUUUUAAUGAGUUUCAACUAUUUAUUCAUCAAUUACAACUUCCAAAGAAACUUACCAGAAUGGAAUGGAAUGCAAUUAGAUCAAGAAUGAGAAAACCAAGAAGACUUUCACAACAGUUUUAUUAUGAUGCUAGAAAUAAAUUAGAUAGGACUAGGGAGGCUGUUAGACAAUCAAUGAUGAGUAAUGAAAGUUUAAAAUUUUUACAAAUUGAACCAAACUCAAAAGUUUUAUAUAUAUAUGAUGAUGCGUUGGAAAAUGGAAAAGUUGUAUCAUAUAAUAGAAUUUCAAAAACAUAUUCGAUAAUUUCAGAUAAAACAAAUAAAGUUGUUGAAAUACCUGAUGAAGAAGUCAUGUCGGCUGAUAAAGAUGUCAGAUAUUGUAUUGAACAAAGUCAUUUGCAAUCAAAAGAAAAGAAUCAACCAAACGAAAAUAAUAAUAAUAACCAUAAUAAUAGUAUCAAUAAUAAUAUUAUCAAUAAUAAUAUCAUCAAUAAUAAUAUCAAUAAUAUUAAUAAUAAUAUUAAUGGAAAUAACAUUUCUAGUCCAUAUAAAGGUACACCAUAUAAAAGGAAAUUUGAAGAGUUUAAUAAAUUUAGUUCACCAACCAAAAAUAUUAAUAAUAACAUAAAUAAUAACAAUAGUAUAAAUACAGUAUUAACACAUCCCGAUCAAGUUGUAACAUUGGUUGUUGGUUUAACAGAGGUUUUAGAAAGAAAACAAAAUCUUUUAUCAAAAAUUCAUGAAAUGAACGAAGAAGCAAAAUCGAUGGUACUUAGUGGUUAUCCUUUAGAUUUCCAAAAGAAAUAUUCCGAGUUAUUAAUUAGUAUAGAAUAUCAUAACAGUGUUUUACAAACAUUAUUAGAAAUUUUUAGGAGAAAUAACUAUACAAGAAGAAUUAGUAAAGUUGAUGAAUAUCAAACAAAUGAUAAGAAAACAUUAUUACCAGAAUUAAUAGAACUAUAUAAAACCAAAUCAGAAGAAUUUAUAAAUGAUGUUGAUAAAGAGCAUCAGCAUAAAGAACAACAUAAGGAGUUAAAGGAUGAAAGAUUAAAAAAACUGGUAACCUCGAUGAUAUCAUUUAUAUUUCAUAUCAAAAAUCAAAGUGUAAAUAUCGAAUUCUCAAAAGAAGAUAUAGAUUUUAUUUUUGGGUCGUGUUUGGAUCAAAUUAAACCAAAAUCUUCCGAAAAUUUAGAACUAUUUAAAGAAAUUGAAAGCAAAGUAGAACAAAUUAAAAAUAAUAUGAUACAUUGUAAAUCUGAAUAAAAAAUAAAUAAAAUAAAAAAUUUUCUAAAC